AUGUAUAUAUAUCAUGAAAGGCAAGCGAAGAAAACUGCCAACGAGGUUUGCUCUUUUCUUUUGGAUGACCUUAAGGAUGUUCCCAGAAAUAAUAUAAAUGAGAUCCACAUAUACAGUGACAACUGCUGGGGACAAAAUAAGAAUCACACUUUGGUUCGCAUGCUUCUUGCACUGGCAGAUAGUGGCCAGUUUUCCAAAAUCGUACACUAUUUUCCUAUAAGAGGUCACUCUUUCCUUCCCUGUGAUAGAGACUUUGCUAUUGUGAAGAGAAAACUAAAAAAACAUGACAGAAUCUCCACGGUUCAUCAACUAGCCGAAUUGAUUGUAAUGAGCAGCAAGUCGAAUAAAUUUACCGUUAAAGAAGUAUAA